UCCCACAGAUUUUCCAAUCAAAACCCUCUGUUACCUACCCUAUUAUCUUUAUUUUUCUCAAUAAUCCAAAAUUUUCCCAACAAAAUUUGAAAAAUAGAGGAAUCUUGAUGUCUGGAAAGAAAAAGAAAACUGCAUUGACCAGAGCUUCAGUUUCCAUGACGAUCUUCUGAUUUUGGGAGUUUCCCUGGAAAAUAGUGGUGGGUUUUGUGCGAAAUUGGAUUUGGAGAAAUGGGUAACAAGUUCAUUUGCAUGACAAAGAAAGAUGGAAGGGAGAAUGGGUCAAAGAGCAAGAGGGUUGGGAGGUCUCAGAGGAAAAUGCUGGAUGAGGAGGAGUUCUUGCACAGGCAAGCUUUGUCAAUGGCAAUUCAGCAGCACCAGUUGUCCCAGAGGUUUGACGGGUCCAUGUCUAGGCGAAUUGGGUCGACUAGCUCGCGGCGCCACACCCUCUCCGAUCCGUUUUCUAAUGGAAAACAGGGACCAGAUAUUUUGGAGAAUGUUAAAACAAAAAAAUUUGUUCUGGUACAUGGAGAAGGAUUUGGAGCAUGGUCUUGGUAUAAAACUAUUGCUCUGUUAGAGGAAGUGGGUUUGGCUCCAACUGCCUUAGAUCUUAGGGGAUCUGGUAUUGAUCGGGCAGACACAAAUAGUGUCACUACAUUGGCAAACUAUUCAAAACCACUGACUGAUUAUCUAGAAAACCUUCCAGAGGAUGAAAAGGUUAUUUUGGUUGGUCACAGUAGUGGAGGCGCAUCUGUUUCAUAUGCUUUGGAGCAUUUCUCACAGAAGAUCUCAAAAGCAGUUUUUCUUUGUGCUACAAUGGUGUCUGAUGGGCAGAGGCCUUUUGAUGUGUUUGCUGAAGAGCUUGGGUCUUCGGAACUUUUCUUGAAGGAAUCAGAGUUUUUAAUUUAUGGGAAUGGCAAAGAUGAGCCUCCUACUGCAUUCAUGUUUGGGAACUUGCAACUUAAGGGGUUAUAUUUCAACCAAACCCCAACAAAGGAUGUUGCUCUGGCAACAGUUUCCAUGAGACCCAUCCCUCUGGGGCCUAUCAUGGAGAAGCUGUCCCUUUCCCCUGAAAACUAUGGAAAAGGCCGCCGGUUCUUCAUCCAGACGCUGGACGAUCGUGCACUUUCACCAGAUGUCCAAGAAAAGCUAGUGAGGGAGAACCCACCUGAAGGAGUCUUCAAGAUCAAAGGUAGUGAUCACUGCCCAUUCUUCUCAAAGCCACAGUCCCUGCACAAAAUUUUACUUGAAAUUGCUCAAAUCCCAUAACCAUACAUCUCCAUAAACAUCAGGGCAGUUUUUUUUUUCUUCUUAAGGAGAAGCAGGGUAGUUGUUGGUUACUCACAUGGCCUGACAACAAGGAAGGCCCUUCUUGUAUGUAGAAAAUGCAGUGAUCUGACUGAAGUAUGCCAUUUCUUUCAUUUUGUUUCAAAACAUGGAUUAUAUAUAUAGGAUCUUUCAUUUUCUUUCAAAACAUGGAUUAUAUAUAUAGGAAAUAGGGUAAUCGACUUAUUCUCCGAACGAAUCAAUGUCAUAUUAAACAUAGCUGGUAAAGAUUAAAGUUGAUGUUCAUAAGCUUGUCAGCUAUUAUUGUUCA